GGGAAGGAGAAGAAGAAGUAGAGCAGCAGGAUAAAAUAUGAAUGAUGGAAAAUUAUAUGAAAAAAAAGAAAGAUAUCCUUUAGGAGGCAUAAAAAAAAAAAAGCUACAUGCUUCCCAUUUUCCGUAGAAAAGGAACUUCGUCUGAUUUUGAAAUAGUUACACAAACCUUGCUUAUGAAAUCAAAUAGUCACACUCCGUUUAAAACCCAGCUUUUGUUAUCCGGUUUUUAUUUUAUUUUAUUUUAUUUUUACUUUUAAAUAAAACAAAAACUAAAAAUGUCUACUCCUGUUCCUUCUUUCGAAUCUUUGGAUAAGAUCUAUGAUCCUACCGCUGUCCCUAAGCAAGAAAAGCGUUAUAAGAAACUUAUUGCAGAAUUUGAAAAGGUUUAUCAACGUAAGCCCGAAUUUGUUGUUCGUUCACCUGGUCGUGUCAACUUGAUUGGUGAACACAUUGAUUACUGUGGUUUCGGUGUCCUUCCUAUGGCUAUUGAACGUGAUGUUAUCAUUGUUGGUUCAACUAUAGAUGAAGAUACUAAGGUUCGUCUUGCUAAUAUCAAUGAUAAGAAGUAUCCUGCCAGAGAAUUUGAUUAUGAAGGUAAAGAUAAGGUAGUUACUAUUGAUGCUACCAAGUUGGAAUGGUCCAACUAUUUCAAGUGUGGUUAUAAGGGUAUGCUUGAAAAGUUCAGAUUGGAUAAGCCUAAGGGUCUUUUCUUGAUGGUCGAUGGUACUGUCCCCGCUGGCGGUGGACUUUCCUCUUCCGCUGCCUUUGUCUGUGCUUCUGCUUUGGCGGUUGUGACGGCCAACAAAUUGUCUAUUUCAAAGACCGAACUUACCGAGAUUGCUAUUGUUGCUGAACGUAACGUCGGUGUCAACUCUGGUGGUAUGGAUCAAAGUGCAUCUGUACUUUCCGAAAAGGACUUUGCUCUUCAUGUUGAAUUUGUUCCUAAGCUCCACACUGCACCUGUUCCUUUACCUGUCACCAGCCCCAAGUUAGCCUUCGUUAUCGCCAAUACCUUGGUCACUGCCGAUAAAUUCGUUACUGCUCCUCGUAACUAUAACCUUCGUGUUGUCGAAACCCACAUGGCCGCUCUUUUCCUUGCCAAGGUCCUUAACUUACCUCCUGUUGAUACCCUUAAAGAAGUCUAUGAUCUUUACUAUCAGGAUUCCUCUCUUAAUGAAGUAGAGCGCUUCUCUGACCUUCUUGCCAAGGCCGAACAACACUAUCCCAAGGAUAACACAGAAGGUAAUGGUUUUACCCUUGAAGAAGUCUCCAAGAUGCUCGAUAUCCCUGUCAAGGAACUUCAGGCUAGAUACAUGACUCGUUUCCCCGUCGAGACAGACUAUUUCCGUCUCCUUCAACGUACCAAGCACGUCUUGUCUGAGGCAUCUCGUGUCAUCGAGUUCCGUAAGACCUGUGAGAACAGCAAGGAUGACUCAACCUUGAAGGCCCUUGGUAACCUCAUGAAUGCCUCUCAAGAAUCCUGUGAUAAGAUGUUUAUGUGCUCAUGUCCCGAAAUUAAUAACGUCUGUGAGAUUGCCCGUAAGCAUGGUUCCUUUGGUUCAAGAUUGAGUGGUGCUGGCUGGGGUGGUAGUACAGUUCACUUGACCACUGAAGAUAAUGUCCCUAAGCUUAUUGAAGUUCUCAAGAAUGAAUUCUAUCGCAAGACUUAUCCUAAUAUUACUGAAGAGGAAUUAGAUGAUGCUAUCAUUGCUACUAAGCCCUGUAGUGGUGCUGCCAUCUAUACUGGUUUCUAAGAUAUAUAUAUAUGUAUAUUACAUAUGUAUCUAUUUUUGUAUUAUACAUAACAUGCAUCUUUUUUUUUUUCCUUUUUUUAACUCCCUUCCUUGUUUAUUACUAAC